AUGGCGCAUCACACCGUCGUAAUCGAUCCAAACAUCAAACAUCCACAAGGGGAUUCCAUGCUCACAUGUCAACUCAAGGAGCAUGCGCUCGGUGCCACGUUGCGUAUCCGAUGGUUGUUGCUGCUCGUAGGGUCGCCGAGGGAGCUACCUGCUGCAGCAGCCCGUGACGAGAGCGAAGCGAGAGAGAGAGAGAGAGACCUCCGAUUGGUGGAUGACCGACGAAUUCAUAGAAAGAAAAGGGUGGGGGAAGUUAAUCGUGCAGAUUUUUUUGGCGGAAGUCAGUCUAGAUUUCGCGUAGAAAAAGAUUUGGCGCACAGCAAUCCAGCCUCUCAUGACCAACAAAUAGAAUCCAGUAACAACACUAUGGGGCCUAUCUCUGGGGUGAACAACCACAAUAAUUUAACUUUGAGACAGCGUUUAAGGUGGACAAAUGAACUCCAUGAUCGCUUUGUGGAUGCUGUGACACAGCUUGGUGGUCCAGAUAGAGCAACUCCUAAAGGGGUUCUUAGAAUCAUGGGUGUACAAGGGCUGACAAUAUACCAUGUCAAGAGCCAUUUACAGAAAUAUCGACUUGCAAAGUAUGUACCUGAAGUUUCAGCUGAUGGUGUGAAGUCUGAAAAGAAUGGUGACAGAAACUCAAUUGCAGGCAUUGAAAACUCUUCGGGGAUUCAAAUAACUGAAGCGCUCAAAUUGCAGAUGGAGGUGCAAAAACGCCUUCAAGAACAACUUGAGGUGCAAAGGCAGCUGCAGCUAAGAAUAGAAGCCCAAGGGAAGUAUCUUAAGAAGAUCAUCGACGAGCAGCAACGUCUCAGUGGGGUACUGGCUGAAUUUCCUGGAUCAGACAAUUCAGCACCCAAUUCCGGUGGCCAUUGCCUGGACUCUGGAAAAGCUGACCAUUCAACCCCUGCUCCAAUCUCAGAAUCCCCUCGCCAAGAUAAGGCCACUGGUAGGGAGCAUGGAGACACUGAUGGCCUCUACAAAAGCAUUUCAUGCGAUGGUUCUUUCUCCUCUCGCCAGGAGCCUCUCACCCCUGACUCCAGCUUCCAUGCAAGCGCCCCCUCAGCGAGGAACAAGUCGGAGAUUAUGGUUGCUCACAUUCUAGAGUCAAGUUCAAGCUCAGAUUUCCACCAUUGAUGUUUGGGAAGGAGCAAUUUGGUUCAUGUUAGAUUGCAGGAUUUGCAGCUUGGAAAUCAUGCACGAAAAUGGCAUUUAUUAUACCUAACCUAUAGAGACCCCCAAGAAUGAAUCAUGUAAAUCUAUUAAGUUAGAGACAUUAAUCCUGAUGUAGAUUGAAUGUUGUUGGGAGUAGAUUAGUGUUAUGGUUAUCAAACAUUGACAUAUGAUUUAGAUCGUCCUCAUUUUUAUUGAUUUGGUCGACAAAUAACUGCAGU